ACCAAAGCUCUGUCUGUGCUUUGCACACUCCCUAACUCGUACUUCCAAUUUCCUCAGACCCUCUAAAUCUUUUAGGGGCAUUUGGGGAGAAUUUGCUUUCUCCCACGGCCUGCUAGGAUGCGUUAUUCAGUGCCAACCACCCCUGCCCACCGCAGCCGCUAUAGUCAGCGACGUCUACAUGCAGAGCGCUGUGUCCGAUUUCCCAACGAUGUCCUGUUUCUGGAUCACAUCCGACAAGGUGACCUGAGGCAGGUAGGACGCUUCAUCCGGACUCGAAAAGUCUCCCUGGAUACCAUCUAUCCUUCAGGUCUGGCUGCCCUGCAUGAAGCAGUACUUUCUGGGAACCUGGAGUGCGUGAAGCUACUAGUCAAGCAUGGGGCUGACAUCCACCAGCGGGAUGAAACAGGAUGGACUGCAUUGCACAUGGCCUGCAGCGAUGGCUACCCGGACAUUGCCAGAUACCUCAUCUCCCUGGGGGCGAACAAAGACGUCGCCAAUGACGACGGUGACUUGCCCUCCGACCUCAUCGACCCGGACUACACGGACCUGGUGGAGCUAUUCAAAGGGGCCACGAUGGACUGACGGACAAUCCAUCCACUGGCCGCCCACAUCCCCUUGCAGAGCCCUCACCGUCCUCGCCACCUUCUCCUCUCCCCGUGGAGACCCCGGACUUGA